AUGGCACAGUGGUUAUAUUUGGUAGUGUUGGCGAUUCCUUUCUCAGCCAAGAUUAUCGAAGCUAAACCCAUUGAAGAAUGUAAAGAACCAGUGAUAGGAAAACACUCUUCGAAAUCUUUGUAUCCAUACACGGACUAUUUGGCCAUAAUGCCUUUCCCCGUAGCUGACGUACCAAAGGGCGUACACACACAGUCGUCUGCUGUUCCACCAAGAAUAUAUCGUAGUGAUAACGGUAUGAUGUUUGUAUCCCCACAAGAACGAAGCAAUUGUCCUUUCUAUUACACCUAUGAAGAGGACGCUGACCGUAUUCCAAGGACUUUGGCCCACGCUACAUGUUCCUGUGACAAAUGCAUCGGAGAAGACGGAGGUACGAGCCCCUUGUAUACCUGUCAACAAAUCAUAUACCCCGUGCCAGUGAUGAAGCGAAGUGGGUGCGUCGAUGGUUUAUUCAAAUAUCACUUGCAAGUUCAGGAGGUUGCCGUCUCUUGCGCGUGUCUGCGACCGAAAGAAACUACCCAUGUUCGAAGACGGAAAAGAAAACACCGCAAAAAUAAAUCGAAAGACGUUCUCCGUGCUCUCUCAAUGAGAUAA